CAGGGGCCCCUCCGACCGCCGCUCCGCAGGACAGAGCAUGUGUGAAGGCCCCGCACCCUGGAGACGCGGGAGGGGGAGGCCACAGGCAGGUGUGCCUGGGGCCUGCAGAGAGGAUUUCACAACACGUUGGGGGUGGGGGCUGCUCUGUCUAGGGAGGGGGAAUGGGAGAGAGGACAGCCUUGUUAAGGUGGAGAAUGGGACAAAGGACAUAAUGGAUUCAGAUGUGUAGAGAAAAUAAUCACCCCCACCCUCAUCUCCUAAACCUGAGACUAUCGCCCAAGAGGUUCCAAAGACAGCGAAGCUUACCCCCUCUGAGGGCUCUCCACUUUAGGCAUUUCAGUCUGUAGGUGCCAUCAGAGAUUCUUCACAUUUGGUUUUUAUUCUCCCAAGAGCUACCUGAUAUGACAGUAUUGUUAACCUAUUUAGUUAGGGAAGAAACAGAGCCAGGGCUGUUUGGUUACUUGCCCAAGGCUGUAUAGGGGCAGGGGAGAUUCGAGGCAAGAAUCCAAGUCUCUCCUAGCCUAAUUCUGAGUUUUUCCAAAGGAUAAAUAGCCUUUCAUAGGAAAAGCAAUUUUCUAUUAAUAAAGCCACUUCAAAUUUUUCAGGAAAUUAUUUCCUCAGAUUUGUGACCUAAGGAGAAAAAUAAAACAAUCUCCAUUUAUUAACCAAGGCAGUUCCUGAGACGCAGCUGAGUUGUUACUUGUUGGAAGAUCUCAUAGCAUGCGGAGAAGCAGAGUUGUAAAUUCUACCCACUUGUUCUGACCAAACUUUUUGCUGGAUUCCCCAGAAACAGAGUCCACCCUUAGGCAGGGUUUAGGUUUCGUGCACUUUCCAGGGACUCCUGAUGGAUGUGCAGUUGUUGAGCAGUAGCACCUUGAACAAAUGAACUUCCUGUAGCAUCCUGGCAGUAUCAUAGAGGAUAUCAUAGAUAAGGAUAUCAUAGAGGAUUCCUUUGUAGCCUCUACUCCAGGGAGGUGACACCUCCAAAUACAAGUUUUAAAAUGCCUCUCCAGUCAGAACAUCUGUGUCAAGACCAGAUGUUCAGGUUAACAAAACCACUGUAGCAUCACAUCGCUAUUUCAUUAAAUCAGGAGGCCUGCAUUUUGAUGAAACAUAUUGGAGGGAAAUAAAGAUUAUGCACUGAACCACUGCAUAAAGUGUACGAAUUUAGUAAUUAGGAUCCUAAAGUAAGAAGAAAAUACUCAAAAAAGGUGGGGGGGGGGAAGAAUGUGGAACAAGAGGAUUCCUAGGAUCUUGAAGAGUGGUAAAGUCCUGUCAAGCAUUGUUACAUUCUGUUCCAUUUUAUAAAAAUUCUCACCAGCUCUUAAUUGUCUAGUUUAAGGGCAUAGACUCUAGAAAGUCUUGGAUUUGAUCCUUUGCCCAACCUGGACUCCUUACUGACUGUAUGACUUUGGACAGGUUACUUAUCCUAGUUGGAGUGCCUUGGGCUUGGUUUUGGGAGUCUGAAGAAGGUCUUUCUUUUCCUAGAAUUGGCAAGUAUUUACACUUAAAAUUGGUAUUCUCAUAUCCUGAAGAAUAGGAGAGGGGUGGUUCUGGAUCUGGACCCUCCUAAAUAUUGUUAAAAGGUGUUCAAGAAUAGCCCAUGGAAGAAUCAUAUGAAGAGGUGGUAAUUAAAGUCAUACAGCAGGCGUGGACAUGUUUGGAUUUCCAACAGCUACCCUGCUGGAUUGUCAUGGAAGAUAUGCGCAGAAUGUAGCAUUUUUCAAUGUGAUGACAGAAGCCCACCACAAAUAUGAUCACUCUGAGGCCACAGGAUCCUCAAGCUGGGAUUUCCAGAAUUCUUUCAGAAGAGAGAAGCUGGAACAAAAAUCCCCAGAUUCUAAGACACUACAGGAAGAUUCACCUGGAGUGAGACAGAGGGUCUAUGAGUGUCAGGAAUGUGGAAAAUCCUUCAGGCAAAAAGGCAGUCUAACCUUGCAUGAGAGAAUCCACACUGGUCAAAAGCCCUUUGAGUGUACCCAUUGUGGAAAAAGCUUUAGGGCCAAAGGCAAUCUUGUUACACAUCAGCGAAUACACACAGGAGAGAAGCCCUAUCAGUGCAAGGAGUGUGGGAAAAGCUUUAGUCAACGAGGUAGUCUGGCCGUUCAUGAAAGACUUCAUACUGGACAGAAACCCUAUGAGUGUGCUAUUUGUCAGAGAAGCUUCAGGAAUCAAAGUAACCUUGCUGUUCAUAGAAGAGUUCACAGUGGAGAAAAGCCCUAUAGAUGUGAUCAGUGUGGAAAAGCCUUCAGUCAGAAAGGAAGCUUAAUUGUUCACAUCAGAGUCCACACAGGCCUGAAACCCUAUGCCUGCACACAGUGCAGGAAGAGUUUCCACACCAGGGGCAAUUGUAUCCUGCAUGGCAAAAUCCACACAGGAGAGACACCCUAUCUGUGUGGCCAGUGUGGGAAAAGCUUCACUCAGAGAGGGAGUCUGGCUGUGCACCAGCGAAGCUGCUCACAAAGACUCACCCUUUGACCACCCUCUUCAAAGGAAGUUCUCUUUAUGAAUUAAAAGUCUUAAAAAAAAAAAAACCUCAGAUCAAGCAACCUAUCCAAUGCUAUGGAAUGAAUGGAGACUCUUUCAGAAAGACCAUCAUUGGGCAGGGCAAACUGACUUUUCUUCUUUCCCCCAAAUAAGUAUGAAAAAUAAAUGUCUUGUUUAUUAUCAUUA